GGUUUGCUGGGAUGGGGAACCUCCUCAAAGUCCUUACCAGAGAAAUUGAAAACUAUCCACAUUUUUUCCUGGAUUUUGAAAAUGCCCAGCCCACAGAAGGAGAACGAGAGAUAUGGAACCAGAUCAGCGCGAUCCUCCAGGACUCCGAGAGCAUCCUUGCAGACCUGCAGUCUUACAAAGGAGCGGGGCCAGAGAUCCGAGAUGCAAUUCAAAACCCCAAUGACAUUCAGCUUCAAGAGAAAGCUUGGAAUGCAGUGUGUCCUCUGGUUGUAAGACUAAAGAGAUUUUAUGAGUUUUCCAUAAGGUUAGAAAAAGCUCUUCAGAGUUUAUUAGAAUCCCUGACCUGUCCACCCUACACACCAACCCAACACCUGGAACGGGAGCAAGCCCUGGCAAAGGAGUUUGCAGAAAUCUUACAUUUUACCCUUCGAUUUGAUGAGCUGAAGAUGAGGAACCCAGCUAUUCAGAACGACUUCAGUUACUACAGAAGGACAAUAAGUCGUAACAGGAUCAACAACAUGCACCUAGACAUUGAGAAUGAAGUCAAUAAUGAAAUGGCCAAUCGAAUGUCCCUCUUCUAUGCAGAAGCCACACCAAUGCUGAAAACUCUUAGCAAUGCCACAAUGCAUUUUGUCUCUGAGAACAAAACCCUGCCAAUAGAGAAUACCACAGACUGCCUCAGUACAAUGACAAGUGUCUGUAAAGUCAUGCUGGAAACUCCGGAAUACAGGAGUAGGUUUACGAGUGAGGAAACACUGAUGUUCUGCAUGAGGGUAAUGGUGGGGGUCAUUAUCCUCUACGACCACGUCCAUCCUGUGGGAGCUUUCUGCAAGACCUCCAAGAUUGAUAUGAAAGGCUGCAUAAAGGUGUUGAAGGAACAGGCCCCAGACAGUGUGGAGGGUCUGCUGAAUGCCCUCAGGUUCACUACAAAGCACUUGAAUGAUGAAUCGACUUCCAAACAGAUUCGUGCAAUGCUUCAGUAGAGCUCCGCUCUGAGAAGAGGAUCUAUGUACUGACCUCAGAAGAUGUAUAUGUUUACAUAAUUUAAUACAGAUUGAUGUUAAUACUUGUGUAUUUACAUAACCAUUUCCUUCUUGACACUGAAAUAUAUGGACUUUAAUUUGUAUCCUGACUGACUCAACCCAGCACAGCAUAAAUUGACUUGAGAGCCUUACUUUUGAUGUUUGAAUUGAAAUCCCCUGCUCCAAAGGCAAAUUUUAGAGACUUUGAUCUUUGCUACUGGAGUCCUUUAACUGCACCUGUAACAAUCACAAAUCCCUGGUAGUU